CCUCUUCUCCAAAUUUAGAGUCUUUCCCUCAAAAACCCCUUCAAAACACCAAAGGGAGCUUUAGAAAAUCCAGAAAGGAAGCUCCUUUAGGGGUUGCUAGAGAGGAAGAAAGAGAGCUCAAUCAAUUUCUCGAAACAGAGAUCUCUGCAUUGAACCCCGGAUUGAUCUUGACUCUGGUUCUGCUUCUGGGUUUUGAUCAGUUGGGUCUCUGUGAUUUCUUCUGAGUUAGAGAAAUGGGUCGAGGGAAGAUUGAAAUCAAAAGGAUCGAGAAUGCGAACAGCCGGCAAGUUACAUUCUCCAAGAGGCGUAAUGGAUUGCUUAAGAAGGCUCAGGAACUUGCUAUUCUCUGUGACGCCGAGGUUGCUGUGAUCAUUUUCUCUAAUACAGGGAAGCUUUUCGAGUUUUCGAGUUCUGGUAUGAUGCGAACACUUACAAGAUACAACAAAUGCUUUAAUUCUUCAGAGGCUGCUGUGGUGGAAUGCAAGACAGAGAAGAAGGAAGAUCCUAAGGCAGUGGAGACUCUGAAAGAUGAAAUUGCAAAGCUAGAAAAGAAGCAGCUGCGGUUAUUGGGUAAGGACCUGACUGGGUUGAAUUUAAAAGAAUUGCAUCAGCUUGAGCAGCAACUUAAUGAAGCGUUAUUGUCUGUCAAGGAGAAGAAGGAGGAAUUGCUUUUGGAGCAACUGGAGCAGUCGAGAGUACAGGAGCAAAGGGCAAUGUUGGAGAAUGAAACUUUGCGCAGGCAGAUCGAGGAGCUUCGCUGUUUGUUUCCUAUAACUGAGCAUGUGGUCCCAUCUUUUCUUCAAUACCACCAUGGGGAAAGAAGGGACGCUGUAAAUAAUGGUGUCAUAAGUUCCAACUUGGUCAGUAACUGUGAAAAUGAGAAUGGGGAUUCAGACACUACCUUGCAUUUAGGGUUGCCUACUGAUGUUCAUCACAAGAGGAAGGCACCUGAGAAAGAAACAUUCUCCAAUGACUCUGAAUCUCAAAUGGCUCUACUCUGAUCCAAAUCAGGGACCAGAAGAGAUGAGACUAAUUUAGUGAAGUUAUAGUUGUGCACAGUAAGAGUUUAGGCUACAGGUGAAAGGUAGGAUCCCUAGGUGACCCCUAAAAGGAAAAAAGAACUCGUAGAAAGUAGAUUUUGGCUCUUCCCUUGUAGGAAAUUGAUUCGCAGGAUGCAGAAUUUUUCUUCCCCGUUUUUUUAACCAAAUUUGGGUGUAAUGAGCUGGGAAAAAUGAAAAUCAUGAACCUUGUUUUUGAAAGAUCCCAGGAAGAGAAUGAUGCUUUUAGCUUUUAGGCUUAAUUUUAUCAUCCAAUGUUCAUUUUUCA